AUGGGAGAAAAUUCAGUAGAAUGGAAUAUCCUGAUGAACCCUGACUACAAACUAUCUAGGUUGCCCAGAAUUGAGGUAGCUGAACAUCCUUUGAGAAGUUUUACUGUAAGAGAGAGAAUUCCAAGAAAAAUUAUUGGUUCAGCACCUAGUACUGGGCGCACAACACCAGUGUCCACCCCUGUCCCUAGUACUGAUCCCCUCACUAUGGCAUUAAAACAACUUGAUCCACUAUCUGAGUUUGUCAUGCAAGAAAUAGAUCCUUUAUCUAAAAUGGCAGCAGAAAUGGAUCUUUGCGACGGUCAAUUUUUGAAAACUGCCUCAAGUAGAGACUCUGAAGAAAAUCCAUUUGAUAAAAUGGAAUCAUGGACUUCAAGAAAAGCAAGAAUUCUGUCAAAAUACACUACUUCAGAAAAACUCACAAUAAUAACCAGCUUUUUAUCGGAAGGAGAAAAAGUUAUGGUUAAGACUCAGAGCACUGCUGUGGAUAAAGUACAACACAGAUUGAAACAAUUGGAUUCCUUCGAAGAAGGCUCCCAGCAAAAGUUAGAUCUGUUCCAGGCUGAGUAUAUAAGCAAAAUAGAUCAACUCAAUAAUGAACUUGUAUCUUCUUGGAAUACAGAACAGAGAGUCAAAGCUCUGAAGAUAGCUAUACAAUGUGCAAAAUUACUGACAGACACUGAUGUAUUGCCUUUCUAUCCCAGUAAAUUUGUGCUCAUUACUGAUAUUUUGGAUACAUUUGGUAAACUUGUAUAUGAUAGAUUAAGAGUGAAAGCGAACUAUAUCAAACCUGGUUCAAAGACACCUAUACCACUUCCUGAAGAUUUCACCCCAGGAAUGGUGCCUGAUGCUGCGAAAGAAACUUGUCUUAAUUGGUUCUACAAAAUAGCUUCGAUAAGAGAACUUGUACCGAGAUUGUAUGUUGAGAUAGCCUUGCUGAAAUCAUAUAAUUUCAUUUCAACCAAUGAGUGUGUCGACAGUCUCACACGGAUUACUGAUAUGAUCCAUGGUAUUGGAAAUCCUCUAGUAGCAGUUUAUGCAAGAUGCUAUCUGUGUAAAACUGGAAUCAGCGUUUCCAAUAAAAACUCUGAUUAUGGGUACUUGUUUGGAAAUUUUACUGGAUUCUUAGAUUCCUAUCAACAUUUAUACAGUAGAUGCGUUAAAGCGGAACUCGAUGCUCAACACAUGCCACUCUCAACUUAUGUUACCCUUUACACACCUGCUUUGGAUUUCAUAUUAGAAGCUGUAGCUUGCAGAGCCAACGAUUCAGUUUUGGCAGACAUGCUCAAUAUUUGCAAGCAAUACAAAAACAGUUCUCUCAUCCUGAACACUAUAAUGUCUGGCUUCAAACCGACUCGUAUAGCUGAAAGAGCUAUGGAGUUCCUUGAAACGAUUAUUGAAAGCUCAGAUGAUGGUAUUCCUCUUUACGUCUUGUUGAGGACACUAGGACUAUGUAUAACUGUUUGUCCACCACCAACGGACCAACGAAAACAAAUUUUAAACAUUGUCUGGAAACAUGUUUCUUCGUUUAUCAAGCCUGACGAAUAUAUUGCUUGUGCUGAAGCUUGGGUCCAAUUUGUGGUACUACAUUUUUCGAAUAGGGAGAUUAAUACCAUACUGGGUGAUAUUAUUGAUCAUAUGACUCCCCAAAGAAAUUAUGAAAAACACUACAACGAGCUGAAAAUCAUCAUUGGUACAGUUGUGGCACAUAAUCAAGACUUUGAAACAUUACUCAUAAUGGAUAACUUUUUACCUCUCGUGGAUCUUUUCCAACAAGAAUCCCUCAGAGUCGAAGUAUGCAAGAAUAUUCUCACCUCCACCAGCAGUGAAUUCAAAACCAGUGAUCCAGUGAUCACAAAUGCCCUCAUGUUCCUUUGUAGUGUACUUCACGAUUCGGUGAACGCUUUGACACCUGAAGAUGAAUACAAGCAAAUUGGGGAAAUUUUGUGUAGUGUGAUUAGGAGAGUUGAUUAUGGCAGAGAUUUUGAACACCAGCUCAAUUUUUAUGUGGAAGCCAGGGGGGCUUUUUCGAACAUUGACGUAGUUUUGGCUGAACUAGUACAGACUUUCAACAAUCUGAUGGGCAAUCAAAACAUGUUGGUCCUCAUUUCAGUAAACGUCAAUACCUGGCAUUACCUCCACUCGUCAGUCAUCGUCAAUCAAAUCAAACAAGUUAAUACUCUUUCUGUCAAUACGAGACAAGUCAUCAAAGGCAUCCAUACGAGAAAAAGUGGAGAUUUUGUUAGAGCUUGUGCAGCAUACUGUUUCAUCACAAUUCCUUCAAUAGUUGCUGAAAAAACUCGUCUGGAACUGUACCUUUUAUCUGGACAAGUCGCAUUGUUCAACCAAUGUUUAGGACAAGCUGAUGCCUGUUUUCAAGCAGCCCUUGCUUUACUACCCGAACUCGAAGAUGUCUCUGCAAAAUCUGAAACGUUUCUUGUACCAUACAUCAGACAGUUCUUAUCCACAUUAUUGGUAGUUCCAGACAAUCCCGAAAGGGGUGUGCUUAAUUUGUUGAGGAACCUGCUCAAUGUCAUGGCAAAAUUAGAGUGGAAUAAAGCUAACUGUUCAUUGGGAAUCUUGUACGUUAGUUGUCUUGAUCUUUUAUCAGCAAUGGCACAAGAAGAUUAUGUGUAUCAGGUUGAUAAAGUUGAGUCGAAUGAUUCUCUUUAUGGUUCAGAUCCGAAAUUCAUCCAAGAAAUCAAUGCUCUAUGUUCAAUAAUAGUAAGGGAAGUUUUGAACCUUCUGAAGGACCUAGGAAUUUGCAGAAGACAGUCACAGAUCGCCACAGAAUUGUUUUUGAGGGUAGUGGUGAGAGGAGUCAGCAGUAAAUCGAUGUUAGUUUUGGCAAUGAAUUUGUGGCAGCUCAGUAUGAAACAUGGAUAUGCAGAUGUGAAAUAUUUGGAGAGAACCAGAGAUUACUUGAAAAGCAGAAGUAUUGCACAGAAUAAUACGAAUCUUCAACAGUUGGUUGACAUGUUGGUUAUAUGA